AUGGGUCAGCAAGCGUCUCUGGUCGUCGAAGUCGAGAUCCAAGCCCCAGUUGAUACUGUACAAGAAGUUUUCAAAGAUUUUUCUAGCUACAAAGAAUGGAGCACUUGGUCCAUCGAGUCUGCAGACCCAACAAAGGAGGUCAACCACUUGAUCCACAACGAUAAGCUCAAGGUUAAAAUACAAAACUUCAAGUUCAACAGCACACUUCUCAAAAACGAACCUGACGUGUUUGAAUGGAAUGGUGGUUUUGGACCGCUGCUCCAGGGCGCCCACGAGUUUAGCUGGAGGCCAAGUGCCAAGAUCAACGGAGGUACCACAUUUACGCAGAGGGAAAGCUGGCACGGCUGGCUCGUGUUUCUUUGGAAGCCUGGUAGAAUCAUGGGGAAGAAGAGUUAUACGACUUUUAACGGGUUUAACAUUGAGGUCAAAAGGGAAGCCGAGAGAAGGAUUGCUCUCUAA